AUGAUCAAUGUAGUGGUCUUAACGGACUUGGAAGAGGUGUACGGGCCUGUCCCGGCGCCGAGUUGCUACCGUCGGUAGCAGUGUUGCUACCGGGCCCAGGUCGCCUAUUUGCAUAGGGUUUUCUGGCCGCGCGGCGGCGCUACUAAGACUGGUUACUUUUUAGUCUGCCUGAGGUGAGAAAACGAAAAGUCACCAUCCUGACAAGUACUGCAUACUGGGUGCCAAUCCAAAUCUCAAGCGCCUCUUGAUGAACGAGCGACUCGAUCCGUCGGAUGAGGCAAGCCGUAUAAGCAUCAUUAUUACAAAAUGGAAGUACGUGCGAACGAAAAUGAUGGAAAUUUGCUAA